UAUAAAUAUUAUAUAUAUAUAUAUAAAAAAAAAAGAAAAAGAUCAGUGAAACUGAAGAAGUGGUGGUUCGGUUCAAUUGGUUGCCACUUCAACAUCGGUAUCGGAUCCGAUCAAUAUUCGAUCCUCUCCAAUAAGUAUUUGAGUGAAAGAAGAACAAAAAUAUGUUGGGGAUUAUAAGGCAAAAAGUGAGUGCUGGAGGCUAUCCGCUUCUGGCUUUUGGGCAGUCCCUGCAGAGGAUUCGGCCGGCUGCGUCAGCAUGGAGAGGUUACUCAUCCGCCGGAAAAGAGAUGACAGUUAGAGAAGCACUGAAUUCUGCUCUUGAUGAGGAAAUGUCUGCUGAUCCUAAAGUAUUUUUGAUGGGAGAAGAGGUUGGGGAAUAUCAGGGUGCAUAUAAGAUAUCUAAAGGGCUUCUGGACAAGUAUGGUCCUGACAGGGUUCUUGAUACACCAAUUACUGAGGCUGGAUUUACUGGUAUUGGAGUUGGCGCUGCUUACUAUGGUCUGAAGCCAGUUGUUGAGUUUAUGACUUUUAACUUCUCAAUGCAGGCGAUUGAUCAUAUCAUUAAUUCUGCUGCAAAAUCAAACUACAUGUCUGCUGGCCAGAUAAAUGUGCCCAUUGUUUUCAGAGGACCUAAUGGUGCUGCUGCAGGAGUUGGUGCCCAACACUCUCAAUGUUAUGCUGCAUGGUAUGCCUCGUGUCCCGGGUUGAAAGUGCUAGCUCCUUACUCAUCUGAAGAUGCCCGUGGACUUCUGAAAGCUGCCAUAAGGGAUCCUGAUCCUGUUGUUUUCCUUGAAAAUGAGUUAUUAUAUGGCGAAUCAUUUCCUGUUUCAGCUGAAGUACUUGACUCCAGUUUUUGCCUUCCAAUAGGAAAAGCCAAGAUUGAGAGAGAAGGAAAGGAUGUAACCAUCACAGCCUUCUCAAAAAUGGUGGGCUAUGCUCUCAAGGCAGCUGAGAUACUUGCAAAGGAAGGAAUCAGUGCUGAGGUCAUAAAUUUGCGCUCAAUUAGGCCACUAGAUAGACCCACAAUCAAUGCUUCGGUCCGGAAGACCAACAGACUGGUGACGGUCGAAGAAGGAUUCCCUCAGCAUGGUGUUGGGGCUGAAAUCUGCACAUCUGUUAUUGAGGACAGCUUUGGUUAUCUUGAUGCACCAGUUGAAAGAAUUGCUGGAGCUGAUGUUCCAAUGCCCUAUGCUGCCAACUUAGAGAGAAUGGCUGUACCACAGGUUGAGGAUAUUGUCCGUGCAGCAAAGAGAGCUUGCUACAGAGCUGUACCAUUGGCUGCAGUUGCUUAAUCAUAUUGAUUUUGAUCAGAAACCUUGUUAAACCCGGAGGUUUGUCGGCAUUUUGAAGAUCAUCUUCAAAGGAUGUGUUGUUCAAUUCACACGAUUUUGUUCUGAGAUUGAUACUUUAACUUCUCGGAGCAACGCUGUCUUUAGGUCAUUAGACAUGCAAAAAAUCGAUGCAGCGUACAGUGACAAGUAUUUAUCAAGUAGAAUGAACGUUCAAUAGCAAGAGCAUUAAAAAAAUUUCGUAAGGUCAUCUUCACUGUUGAUAUGCAUGUGCAUGUACACAAUUUUUGUUGUCUGAGUUUUUACGUUAGAACAACGAUUGAUAUGCAGCCCGACGGCAUGUCUGGAGAGACUUGAGGAAAUUAGGGUUUGAAAGUCUUAGAUAGUGGUCAGGGUUGCUUGUUUGAUUGUUAUUUCGAUGACUUCCUUUACCGAAAGUUGGAAUUGAGUUGUCCUCAUUUGAUCAA